GAGGGGACUACAGUCAUCAUUUAGUAUCACCAAUAACCCAAGCAACAUGGUCAGUUUUGAGGAAGCCGCCGAAUUAGCCAAGAACUUCUCCAAGAAGCCUAGCGACUCUGAAUUCCUGGAGUUCUACGGUCUCUUCAAGCAGGCCACCGUUGGCGAUGUGAACAUUGAGAAGCCCGGCCUUCUGGAUCUCAAGAAGAAGGCCAUGUACGAGUCCUGGAACUCGCAGAAGGGUCUGUCCAAGGAGGCUGCCAAGGAGGCUUACAUCAAGGUCUACCAAAAGUACGCUCCCAAGUACGCCUAAACGCCACGUUUUGGGAUUAAUCUGACAGGAUAAAAUAAACUCGAAAUCUUACCACAAAAA